GUAUGAUUGAGUAGAGAAGCUAAAAGCAGAAGAAGAAAUGCGGAAGUGUGCACGGUGUAAACAAGCGAUUCACCACAGUAGUGUCAAACGGGUGUGUCUGCGGCAACCAUGCCUUAUCUGGGCGGCGAGGACACGGUGAGGGAGCUGAGGAGGGCUCUCUCCAACCCCAACGUCCAGUCUGACCAGCUGCGCUACAGGAACACCAUCCUCAAAGUCAUCAGAGCCAUGUCACAGGGUGUGGAUGUGUCAGGCCUGUUCAGCGACAUGGUAAAAGCUUGUGCCACAGUAGACAUAGUCCAGAAGAAACUGGUCUACGUAUUCCUGUGUUCCUAUGCUGCUUUAAACCCAGAGCUGUCUCUGCUAGUCAUCAACACUCUGAGAAAAGACUGCCAGGAUGCGAACCCCAUGGUCCGCAGCCUGGCCCUGAGGAAUAUGACCAACCUCAGGUUACCCAGUCUGAUGGAGUAUGUGGAGCAGCCUCUGACAGCAGGACUGAGGGACAGAGCAGCAUGUGUACGACGAGUGGCUGUGCUCGGCUGGGCCAAACUACACAAUCUCCAACCCAACUCUGAGAUCGAUGCUGCAGUGGUGAACGAGCUGUACAGCCUGUUGAGGGACCCGGACCCCGUGGUGAUGGUGAAUUGCCUCCGAGCUCUGGAGGAAAUCCUGAAGGAGGAGGGAGGAAUCGCCAUUAACAAACCUAUCACCCAUCACCUCCUCAACAGGUUGAAGGAGUCCGAUGUUUGGGGUCAGUGUGAGGUGCUUAGGAUCCUCCAGCGCUACCGGCCUCAGUCAGAGGACGAGCUCUUCGACAUCCUGUCCCUGCUGGAUGCCUCCCUAGUCAGCCCCCACCCCCAAGUCAUGGCCGCUACCCUCAGCCUGUUCCUCAGCCUCUGCUCAGGCCUGCCUGCUGUCAGUCUGGCGGCCCUAGAGCGAGUACGUGGACCCCUGCUGGCCGCCUGUGGGAGCGUGUCCAGAGAGCUGAGGUUCACUGCCCUCUGCCACAUACAGUUGCUGUUACGUUCGCUCCCUGGCCUGAUGGGGGCGCACUACAAGCGAUUCUUCUGUGGCUAUGCUGAGCCGGCCUACAUCAAGCAAAGGAAGAUGCAGGUGCUGGUGGAGCUGGUGAAUGAUGAGAAUGUCACAAUGUUACUGGAUGAGCUGAAAGGAUACUGCACUGAUGUCAACACUGACACCGCCCAGGCUGCAAUAUCAGCUAUAGGUCGAAUUGGGCGGAGCUACAGUGACAGAUGUCUAGAGAUCCUUACUGGACUGCUCGCGCUCAAACAGGAGCACAUCACUUCUGCGGUGGUGCAGACAAUGCGCGACCUGGUCUGGGUGUGUCCUCAGUGUAGCGACACUGUGUGUUUGGCUCUCGAGGGCUGCGAGGAGAUGCUACAGGAUAGUCAGGGCAGGCAGGCCUUGCUGUGGUUGCUGGGUGUGUAUGGCGAACAAGUCUCCAGUGCCCCCUACACAUUGGAGGUGUUCAUCGAUGGAGUUAGGAGCGAGGUCUCUCUGGGAGUCAAGAUGGAGCUGCUGACGACCACCAUGAGGCUGUUUUUGUGCAGACCUGCUGAGACACAAGAUAUGCUUGGAAGACUGCUGCACUACUGCAUAGAGGAGGAGCCGGACAUGUGUGUACGUGACCAGGCGCUUCUCUACUACCGCCUGUUGCAUUUUGGGAUAGAAGAAACACAAAAGGUCCUCCAGGGACGAAGGUCAGACCCUUCCCUGGGUGUUCUGAUUGGCCGCCCCGCGGAGCCCAUCAGCCAGUGGGCGUGCAGCUUUAACACUCUGGAGCCCCUGAGGCAGGGCACAGUAGAGACAGAGUCAACCAGCAGAGGAAGCCCUGAACAUGUGACCUUUGAGCCCAAGCCUAACACUGACCUCUCAGACACACUGAACUGUAGCCAAGUUGAGAAGGUUCCUUCAGGCUCAGUCAGCGCCAGUCGAUGCACAAACUCUUCAGCUGAUGUCCCAGCUUCCAGCGUCGCGGCCCCCCUCAGUUUGUCCCUCUCCCCAGCUCUCAGCCCAGAGGAGUUUGAGCGCCUGUGGCUGCAGCGACAGGUUUUGCCUACUGAGCAAGGUGAUGAGAAAAUGGAGGAGGAUUAUAUGUGCUUGGAAGAACAGAUCCAGUUCCCCGCAAUACCUCACUGUUCACCACAAAGCCUUCAGGCUGCGAUGCAGCUGGUCAACAUCCAGACUCUGGCCUUCACUCCACCGCACACACUCCCCUGGAGGGUCUACCUCUACACACACACCCAGCAUGCUGGCGAUACACCCCACAUCACACUCAUACUGGGGGAGCUGCUGUACACUGGAGAGGCAAAUCAGAGAGCGGUAUUAAAGAAAGGUGUGUGUGACAGAGAGUUGGCGGUGGAGGGAGGGGAGGAGGAGCAGGUGGAAGAGGAAGCCACAGCUGACGGGCAGAGAGUUAGAGUGUCGAUGAGAAAAGAAGGCGAAGAGGAGGAACUGAAAGUGACUCUUAAGCAGCAACCAAGAGAUGACAAAGCUCUGAAGGGGUUUCUCUCCAUCCUUACCACUGUACUGCACACACUGUCCUCAGAAAGAAAAUAAAUAUACAUUACAUUGUACGGACUGCAUGCAGUGACACAAUUUAAUUCAACACAAUGUGAUGCGAAAGAAUACAAUGCUAUGCACUUCUUUAUGGCAAGGAUAGUUUGAUUUUAUGUCUUCAGCAGCUUGCAAUCUCAUCUUAAACUUUUUAUGCCAGUGCACCAAAGUAAGUUGGUGAAUCUGACCAUCCCUACGUUGCACAUUUUAAAUUGUAUCAGCUGAAAUAAUUAGCAUCAGAGUGCAGCCUUCAGCAAAGAAGGAAACUUCUGAGGGGCUGUUCAUCUGCUGUUGAUUCACAAUUGAGCCAUGUUGGGUAGAUAAUAGUAGUUUAGGUCAGAUAGGGUUUGGCUUUUGACUGACAGAUCACAGAUAAUGUUUAAAAAACAAACACAUGCCCUGAUGGAAGUAACCACCUUACUUAUUCACAGGAUGCAGAGCUGUACAGGGGUCCGGAAACUGAAAGGUAUUAGUCUUUUUUCAUUUGUGUGCACCAGUCAGCUAUUGUCAGGGGGAGCUAGGUUUGACAGAUUGUUAUGUACAUUGGAGGCUGUAAUGAUAAUAGCUUGCUGAAGGUGAAUGCGAACACAACUUGUGUCUCUGAAGCAUAAAAUGGUUUUCCAGUGUAGUGUUACACAACUGGUUUGGUUUAUUGCACGUUAAACAUGAUAGAAAAGCUAUCAUGCCAUGAAGCUACAAGGGAAGAAUCCACUGGGACACCUCUUGAAGAAAUGCAGCAAGUAGCCAGUGAUCUCAUGGAAAAAUCCAUCAGAUGAACGCGAUAUCAUGGGACGGCAUAUUGUAGCACAUUUGAAGCUUCACACAAACAGCAGUCUCCUGGGUAAAUGUGUUUGUGAUGUGAUUGUUUGACCUAUCCAUUUACCCCAACUGUGGACUUUAUUGCUCUUUGUACAACGUCACCUGACAUCUUUUUCUCUAUGAUGUGAAAUGACAUGCAGUCUGCAUAAUAUAAGGCAGUAGGGAUUAAAGGACACAAAAUGACACAAGAAAA